CUGAGCGACUUGCUUGAGGUCAUACCUCCGGAAGGAGAGGAUGUAUUCUGGGUGCUUAGGCCGGUAGAGGGCGACAAAGUCUGCCCCCACCGGUAAGUCUUUGGAAGUUAAGAGAGCGUGUACACAACCAAAACAAUGAAAGCUAUCAUUCAGAGGGUCACCAAGGCGACUGUGACAGUGGGAGGAGAAGAGAUCAGUUCAAUAGGACGAGGACUGUGUGUACUGCUGGGAAUAUCAGUGGAGGACACCCAGAAGGAUGCUGACUACCUAGUACGCAAGAUCCUGAACCUGCGGCUGUUUGAAGAUGAGAACGGGCGAGCGUGGAGCAAAAGUGUCAUGGACAGGGACUUUGAGGUGCUGUGUGUGAGCCAGUUCACACUGCAGUGCAUACUGAAAGCCAACAAGCCAGACUUCCACUCAGCCAUGCCUGCAGAGUUGGCUCAGCCCUUCUACAAUAGCAUCCUGGAGAACAUGAGGAGUACCUACAAGCCAGAGCUAAUUAAAGACGGGAAGUUUGGUGCCUAUAUGCAGGUCCACAUACAAAAUGACGGGCCUGUUACCAUUGAACUGAUGUCCCCUAGUGGCCCCACAGACCCCAAACAGCUGUCCAAGCAGGAGAAGCAGCAGCAGAGGAAAGAGAAGACGCGCUCCAAGGGCCCCUCAGAGUCGAGCAGGGAAAAACUCGCUUCACGUUCCCGACAGGACCCCAACGCCAGCAGCGGAGCCGACGGUGAUGUGUCAUCAGAGAGGGAGACCUAGACCAGCAGGGUGAGGGAGCCUCGGAGUAGUACACAAAAACAGAUCACAGAAAUGAAUUCAGUCACAUAUAGUGGAAUGUUCUUACACACACCAGGUGUCUGUAGGUCAUUAAAACAACACGUCCUUUAUGUAACCCUUUGAAAUCAGCAAUAGAUAUGGUCGGCCAGUUCCUGCACUGGUUUGCUUUAUUGUGAUGUCAUUUUUUGGAGUAUCUUCAAACGCUUCUUAUCCCUAACAUCAGUACAACCUAUCCUCAAAAGGUUAUAAAAGUCAAACAACCAUGAAAAUGAAUAAAAGUAUUACAAUUUUGUCAUAAAAAAAUAAGAAUCGGAUGUGUGUGCAUCAAUUUUUACUAAAUAACACACCAAAUGUAUUGAUCCAAAACAUGAGCAAAAUAUUCCUUAACUUGUGUUAUAUGAACUAUGCAGUUUUUUUGUUUUUGAGAUAUACAAAUUUUUAUGAGCAGUGUUUUGAUAGUUUAAUCUGCAAUGAAAUAAAAAGGUCUUCGAGCUGUUGUACAUGUAAAGAGUUAUGUCUGUAAAAGUCAAAUUGAAUAGAAAAGUAGUAUUGAUUAGAUAAGUAGUGUAUUAGCUUGACUCAACCACCGAUACCACAGAAACCUAAGAAAGAAACUAUACAGACCUGAACACACAAGCAACUCUAUGUAGAAAAGGGAAAGCUUUUUUGCAAGUGAUUGCACCGUUGGUGUUUUUUCUCUCUCUGUUGAUGUAUAUAAUUUUCCAAGGGAAGUUAUGCUCGGGAAUUUGGCACAAUUUCGUGAAUUUUUUAGAAUUUAUGGCAUGUUUUGGUUAAAAGUAUGCACAUUUAAUUGAAUUGUAACCAUGCACUGCAUUAUACUGUAACUACCAUUUUUGUCAUCCUGGACCCUAUUUUUCUAUGUUUUUGUGUCUAAGUGACCGUGACCUCGCCUAAUACUGGACCAGUGUCAAAGAUGUUUGUUCCCAUCAGUCCCUUAGACAUAAAAACAUAGGAAAACAAGGUUGGAAAAAAAAACCUUACCCUUUAAACUGCACUCUUCCGUCACAUGUACAGAUCAUUUGCCAGUUUCCCUUUUAAUUAGUGAUUAAAUGGCAACCCUCUACAUGCAGUGUUUAGUAGCUUUCCCCAUUAGUUAACUUUCUAGCUGGCUAAUUUACCACAUGACCCAUUUACACUACUUUACUGUGUUAUACUGUAUGUAUUUGUACAAAUUCAUGGAAUUAUUUGGCAAAUUGAUGGACUAUGGCUUAUGCUUAUGAUAUGGAAUACGUUUUGUUUACAUCUGCAUGUGACACGGUAAAUACAGCCGGAGCAA